AUGUUGCGACAGGUUGCUGCUCGGCUGCAGCCGAGGGCGAGGGCCCAGGGCUCGAGGCUGCUCAGUACGCAGAGCAGGUUUGGAGCCGUCAAGCCGCAGAUGCCCAGACGAACGAUGGCGACGGUGCAUAUAGAGGGCAUACCAAAGGAGCCUACCGAAUUGGACGAAAUCACAACCCUGCCAAACGGCCUGCGAGUCGCCUCGGAAGCCCUCCCGGGCUCCUUCUCGGGCGUGGGCGUCUACGUCGAGGCCGGCUCCCGGUUCGAGAACGAAUCCCUGCGCGGCGUGUCCCACAUCAUGGAUCGGCUGGCGUUCAAGUCGACCUCGAAGCACUCCGCGGACGAAAUGCUGCAGCGGGUCGAGACGCUCGGGGGCAACAUCCAGUGCGCCUCGUCGCGCGAGAGCAUGAUGUACCAGGCCGCCACGUUCAACAGCGCCGUGCCGGAGACGGUGGCCCUGCUGGCGGAGACGAUCCGCGACCCGCGCAUCACGGACGACGAGGUGGCGGAGCAGAUCGAGACGGCGCGGUACGAGAUUGCCGAGAUCUGGAGCAAGCCCGAGCUGAUCCUGCCGGAGCUGGUGCACACGGCGGCGUUCAAGGACAACACGCUGGGCAACCCGCUGCUGUGCCCAGAGGAGCGGCUGGGAAGCAUCAACAGGGACACGGUGCAGCUGUACAGGGACCUGUUUUACCGGCCGGAGAGGAUAGUCCUGGCCUUUGCGGGCGUGGAACACGGCACGGCGGUUAAGCUGGCCGAGCAGUUCUUCGGCGACAUGAAGGCGACGCUGCCGAGGACAGGUUCCGAAUCGAGCCUCAGCUCUCUCGCCAGCGAUGCUUCCUCAUCAGCAUCAGCGACUUCAUCAUCAGCCUCAUCCAGCUCCACUUCUUCUUCAUCAUUAAUGUCCAAAAUUCCCCUCUUCAAGAACAUCUCCACAUCAACAUCCAGAAACGCCUCUCUCCUCAUCCCCCCCUCUCAAGAAGAGAUUCGCCAGCCCUCUCGAUACACCGGCGGAUUCCUCUCCCUCCCCCCUCAGCCGCCAUCACUCACCGGCACAAACUUUACACACAUCCACCUCGCCUUUGAAGGACUGCCCGUCGCUUCAGACGACAUCUAUGCGCUGGCAACGCUGCAGACGCUCCUCGGAGGAGGCGGAUCGUUCUCUGCCGGCGGGCCGGGCAAGGGCAUGUACUCUCGCCUGUACACCAACGUGCUCAACCAGCACGGCUGGGUCGAGUCAUGCGUCGCCUUCAACCACUCGUACACCGACUCGGGCCUCUUUGGCAUCUCCGCCUCCUGCCUGCCGGGCCACACGUCUGCCAUGCUGGACGUCAUGUGCCAGGAGCUGCGCGCGCUGACGCUGGAACGGGGCAUCUCGAAGCUGCAGGAGGGCGAGGUGACGCGCGCCAAGAACCAGCUGCGGUCGUCCCUGCUGAUGAACCUGGAGAGCCGGAUGGUCGAGCUGGAGGACCUGGGGCGGUCGGUGCAGGUACACGGGCGCAAGAUCCCCGUGCGGGACAUGUGCCGGCGCAUCGAGGCGCUGACGGUGCGGGACCUGCAGCGGGUGGCGAGCAUGGUCAUGGGCGGCGCGGUCAAGAACCCCGGCAACGGGAGCGGCGCGCCGACGGUGGUGGUGCAGGAGGCGCAGGCGUAUGGGGUGACGAGCCAUACCAUGACGUGGGAUCAGAUUCAGGAUCGGAUCGAUGGGUGGAAGUUGGGGAGGAGGGCGUAA